AUGUUUGGUGGCUUCUCCCUCCUGCUAUGGACUGGUGCUUUCUGUUUCCUGGCCUAUAGCAUCCAUCUUUAUUCAGAAGAAAACCCCAACAAGGAUAAUCUGUACCUGGGCAUUGUACUAUCUGGAGUGGUCAUCAUCACAGGCUGCUUCUCAUAUUAUCAGGAGGCCAAGAGCUCCCAGAUCAUGGACUCUUUUAAAAGCAUGGUUCCUUAGCAAGCUCUGGUCGUUCGAGAUGGAGAGAGGAUGCAAAUUGACAUAAAAGAUGUGGUGUUGGGAGACCUGGUGGAAGUCAAGGGUGGAGAUCAAAUCCCUGCUGAUAUUCGGGUUAUCUCUGCACAAGGAUGUAAACAACCAUCCUUAACUGGAGAAUCAGAACCCCAGUCUCGAUACCCUGAUUUCACACAUGAGAACCCCCUGGAGACCCGGAACAUCAUCUUUUCCUCCACAAAUUGUGUAGAAGGAUCAGCCCGGGGUAUUGUGAUUGCUACCAGAGACUACAAGGUGAUGGGCUGAAUUGCCUCCCUCACGUCAGGCCACAAUGGGCCAGACCCCAUCACUGCUGAGAUUGAACACUUCAUCCAUUUGAUCACAGGAGUGGCUGUCUUCUUGGGUGUCACUUUUUUUGUGCUCUCACUUCUCUUGAACUAUGGCUGGCUGGACGCUGUCAUUUUCCUUAUCGGUAUCACUGUGGCCAAUGUGCCUGAGGGGCUGCUGGCCACUGUCACUGUGUGCCUGACCCUGACAGCUCGGAAGAACUGCCUGGUGAAGAACCUGGGGGCGGUGGAGACACUGGGUUCUACAUCCACCAUCUGCUCAGAUAAGACAGGCACCCUCACCCAGAACUGCAUGACAGUGGCCCACUUGUGGUUCGAUAAGACUGUGUAUGAGGCUGACAUCAGUGAAGAGCAGACCACUGGGAAAACAUUUCCUAAGUCCUCAGAAACGUGGUUUUACCUGGCUCGAAUAGCUGGCCUCUGCAAUAAGGCUGACUUUAAACCUCACCAGGAAUCCCUGCCCAUAAAGAAGUUAUCAAGCCUAAGCAGGGAAAACUAUACCUCAAUGGCAACGACAGGGGAUGCUUCUGAGUCAGCCCUCCUCAAACUCAUUGAGCAGUCUUACACACCUGUGAAAGAAAUGAGACAGAGCAACCCCAAGGUGGCAGAGAUUCCCUUUAAUUCUACCAACAAGUACCAGAUGUCCAUUCACCUUCUGGAAGAUGACUCCCAGAAACAUGUGCUGCUAAUGAAGGGUGCUCCCAAGAGGAUCGUGGAAUUUUGCUCUAGUUUCCUCCUAAAUGGCCAAUAGUGCCCAAUGGACGAUGAAAUGAUGACAGAGUUCCAAAGGGAACUGGGAGGUCUAGGGGAGUGUGUGCUGGGGUUCUGCUUCUUGAAUUUGCCUAGUAACUUCUCUAAGGGAUUCCAGUUUAACACAGAGGAAUUAAAUUUUCCCAUGGAAAAGCUGUGUUUUGCUGGUCUCAUAUCUAUGAUUGACCCUCCUCAUACUGCUGUGCCUGACGCUGUGAGCAAGUGUCGCUGUGCAAGGAUCAAGGUGAUCAUGGUAACAGGGGUUCAUCCCAUUACAGCCAAGGCCAUUGCCAGAAGCGUGGGCAUUAUCUCAGAAGGUAAGGAGACAGUGGAGGACGUUGCUGCCCGACUUAAUAUCCCCGUCAGUCAAGUCAAUGCCCGGUCUGUUAAAGCCAUUGUGGUGCAUGGCUCAGAUCUAAAGAACAUGGACUCAAACUAGCUGGACCAGCUCCUCAAAACCUACAGAGAGACCGUGUUUGCUCGGACCUCCCCUCAGCAAAAGCUCAUCAUUGUGAAGGGGUGUCAGAGGCAGGUAAGGGGGCCAAGUAGUCCUGGAGAACCUGGCAGAAGUCCAGCCAUGAGCCAAGCAGAACAUGUGGUCUGGAUAGAGGGGCUCCAACAGGCAGCUGACAUGAUCCUUCUAGAUGAUAACUUUGCCUCCAUUGUCAUAGGUGUGGAGGAAGGUCGCCGCAUCUUUGACAACCUGAAAAAAUCCAUCACAUACACCCUGACCAGCAACAUUCCUGAGAUCACUCCCUUCCUGUUGUUCAUCAUCUUAAGUAUACCCCUGCCUCUGGGCACCACAACCACUCUCUUCAUUGACCUGGGCACUGAUAUGGUCCCUGCGAUCUCCUUGGCUUAUAAGUCAGCUGAAAGUGACAUCAUGAAGAGGCUUCCACACAACCCAAAGACUGAUAAUCUGGCGAACCACGAUCUCGUUGGCAUGGCCUAUGGGCAGAUUGGGAUGAUCCAGGCUCUGGCUGGAUUUUUCACCUAUUUUGUGAUCCUGGUGGAGAAUGGCUUUAAGCCUAUGGAUCUGCUGGGUAUCCGCCUGAACUGGAAUGACAGAAACCUAAAUGACCUGGAGGACAGCUAUGGACAGCAGUGGACCUAUGAGCAGCAGAAAGUAGCGGAAUUCACAUGUCACACGGCCUUCUUCAAAAGCAUUGUAAUUGUACUGUGGGCUGAUCUCAUCACCUGCAAGACCCGCCGAAAUUCAGUCUUCCAGCAGGGCAUGAAAAACAAGAUCCUACUGUUUGGACUCCUAGAGGAGACAUUCCUGGCAGCUUUCCUGUCCUAUACUCCAGGCAUGGAUGUGGCCCUGGGAAUGUACCCACUCAAGAUAAAUUGGUGGUUCUGUGCCAUCCCCUACAGCAUUAUCAUCUUCAUCUAUGAUGAAAUUAGAAGGCUUAUCAUCCGUAGACGGCCUGGUGGCUGGCUGGAGAAAGAGACAUACUACUAA